AUUUUGAGUGCAUAAGGUGUAGAAGGUUCAUAUGAUGUGAGCAUUGACAUAUCAAGCUUAUCUCUAGCUAGCCAAGACCAGCGACGUACGUUGAGUCAACAAUAAUGAUGAUACGUCCGGUUAGCGAACGUCCGACAAUGAUAGUAAACAGAUGAUCGCGGAUUAAUCGGUGUAUGUAUGAGCCACAAUCAAAUAUGGAAAGUCUAGAACGCUGUGUCAAAUCGCUGGAGGAGAACGAGAACAACGUGCGCGACGAAGCGCAGAGAGCAUUGUUAAACAUCUGUCAUAAUGUACUGAGAUCGCCGAAUGAUGACAAGGCACGCGAGGUGCGUCUGGAUGACGAAGUAGUCAUUGAGAAACUUCUGCCGGCUAUCGGUGCCAUGGAAUGCUUGUUCGAUGUCGGCUAUAUUGAGGAUGGGGAACGCUUAUUUUUACCAGGCAACGUAUCUCUUUUGAGACUCCAAAAUUUGUCGAAACUGUUAUCUGCUGUGUCAGAGAGCAAGCCUGCAACUAAAGACAUUGAAGAAAAUUCUGCAGCGCAAAAAACAUUCUUCAAAAGAAUUUCUGGACAUUUUCAUGAUGUUAUGUAUUAUGAAGAUCCAAAUUUACAAAGAAAGGCCAGAAAUGUUAUACCAAUUGCUCAAUUAGAAAUUGCAGCCAUGACAAAAAUGAGAGAUCUACAAAAAUCUUACAAGUUUAGCGAUGAGGCAAGAACUACUUCUUCAACUCAAUUUGAGACAGAAUUAACGGCUAAAGAUUUACUGCUUGUCGAGCUUCUACACUGGUUUAAGCAUGAAUUUUUUGAAUGGGUUAAUAGUCCAAAAUGCUCAAGAUGUUCUACUGAAUGUGUAUACGAGAGCGUAGUACCAUCCACAGAUCGUCGUUGCUCUAGGAUAGAGAUACACAGAUGUGAAAAAUGCAAUGUAGUUGUCGAAUUUCCUCGUUAUUCGCAUCCAGAGCCACUACUGACAUUGAGACGCGGUCGCUGCGGGGAAUGGGCCAAUGUGUUCACACUUUUGUGUCGUUCACUCGACUAUGAUGCACGCUUUAUAUCUGAUGAGACAGAUCACGUUUGGACAGAGAUAUGGUCGACGUCAGACAAGAAAUGGAUUCAUCUAGACCCAUGUGAGAACGUGAUAGACAAGCCGUUAAUGUAUGAGAAAGGAUGGAAAAAGAAAUUAACAUAUGUAAUAGCCUUUUCCAAGGAUGAGGUGCAGGAUGUCACAUGGCGUUACACACGAAAUCAAGAAGCCGUCAUGAAAAGGCGGAAAAUUUGCACCGAACAGAGUUUGAUACAAUUUCUACGAUCAUUAACUGAUCAACGGCAAAAUUCGCCCAAUUAUAGCCGUAUGCGCAGAGAAUAUGUCGUCAUGCGAAGUCUAUUGGAGCUUGCUGAUAUGCUGUACAUUCCAAAUUUACAAAAUAAGAAUUCCGAUGAAACUUACGAAGGGCGAACCUCAGGUUCCCUUGCAUGGAGAUUAGCACGAGGCGAAAUUGUACAGACCAAUAUGGAAAAGCAUUAUAUUUGGGAUGUUUCUAAAUACGGAGAAACAUUUGAACUACGAUAUAAUAUCGUUAAAGAUAUAUACCAUGUUGUACACAAUGAUGGCACAAUUUUGGAGCAAAAAUCUGGAUGGCAAGAAGGAACAAAUACUACAGAUGGUGGAAUCUUUCGUAAAGUCGAAAAUGAUUGGAAGAUGGUUUAUUUAGCACGGUCUCCGCAGGCUCAACAUGGAUUUAUUAAAUGGAUUUUUGAAAUUGCAAAUUCCAAAUUGUAUCUAGAGACAUUUAAAUUAAAAACUAAAUCAGAAGUGUUUCACGGAGCUAGUGUAUCCUGGAAGAUUGAAGCUAUUUUUAGUGAUGAUAAAGUGAUUGUCAUACCUAUUUCUAACUGCAGUAAUUUUUAUACAGAAGAAGUGCGAAAAGCUGUGAAAUUAAAUAUAAUUGUAACAUUGUCCGGUGGACAAGGUCAAAUUGCUUGGCAACACGCUCAACUAUUUCGACAAAGUCUAGAGAAUAUUGAGGAGGCAUCUAUGAUAAUUAGUAUUCAAUUGAAAAAUCGUUGCACAUGAUUCCUGCAAGCUGUAUGAUUAAUGAUUGAAUUAUUUUGGAUUUUUUUUUCAGUUGAAUUUUUAUUAUAUAAAUAUAGUAUUGUUUCGCAUA